ACAGAGACUAAUAAAAGAAAAAGGUUACUGCUCAAUCGCACCAACGCCAUCAACAACUACUCAAAUGAACAGAUUUUGCAGCGGCGUAACCAUGAGACAACUGGGUCUUCGUCUUUCUCUUCUCUCUCUAACACUCAUCCCUGUUACAGCACAACAACAGAUGAAUGAUAGUGUACCUUCACUCGAUGGCAUCUCCAGUUUCCAACCAAGUUUAGCAGUUGUCAUAGGAAUCCUAUGUCUAAUGUUUUCACUCACGUUCAUUCUUCUCUUGUAUGCCAAGUUCUGUCAACGCAGAGCUUUAGCUCACGUUGACCCUGAGAACCCCCCUGCUGCACUUGUGAGAUCAAGGUCCAGAUUCUCCGGAAUCGACAAGACUGUCAUAGAAUCUCUCCCCUUCUUCAAAUUCUCUACCCUCAAAGGCUCAAAAGAAGGUCUCGAAUGUGCAGUGUGCUUGUCAAAGUUCGAAGACAUUGAAAUCCUCAGGCUUCUUCCCAAAUGCAAACAUGCCUUCCACAUCGAAUGCAUUGAUUAUUGGCUUGAGAAACACUCUAGCUGUCCUCUUUGUAGACGAAAGGUCAGUCCUGAUGACCCAACCAUGCUCACCUACUCAACCAGUUUGAGGCUUCUAACUAGCCAGUCAGAGAACGGUGAGGAACCCAAUAUAGAGAUCUUUGUUCAGAGAGAAGAAGAACGUCGUGGGUCUUCUAGAUUCACUAUUGGAAGCAGCUUUAGGAAAUCUGGGAAGAGCAUUAAGGAAGAAGAAUUACCAAUCCAGGAAGAAACAGAGCAUCAUGAUGGAAAGUUGUAUCACAAACAUAACCACAAGAUUACUAUUAGUGAUGUGGUGUUCAGGCACCGGUGGAGCAACGUGAGCUCUUCAGACCUCAUGUUUUUGAAUUCAGAGAUGAUUAGUUCUAUGCAGAGCAAAAGAUUCGAUCUUUCGGAACAAAACGGCGAGCCGAUUCGAUCCUCAACGUCAGGAGAAAAUGGGCAUAUCAUCAACAUAAAGGAGGAGAUGGAGAGGAAGAUAUCCUUUGAGACCAAGGUAGGUGCAUUAAACUCAGUUCUAGAUGCGUCAGAUUGUGAAGGAACUUCAUCUUCCAGUCAAACAUCAAAAUAUGUAAAUCCGGGGGAGAAAAGAUCGAUGUCAGAAAUCAUUGGCGUAUCAAGAUUUGGAGAUUUGGGUAUGAGAGGCAGAGUCUUGAGGGAUUCUUCAGUGAUUGCAGAUGAUGUUAAAGAGGAAAGAAGGAGGCAGCUAUGGCUGCCAAUCGCCAGAAGAACAGUUCAAUGGUUUGUGAAUAGGGAAAGAUCUCAGCCUUUAAAUGUAUAGUUUCAUCAAUAAUCAUUCGUCACCUUCCCAAGAUGGUAAGGUGCGUUCUGUUUUGACUUUUAAUGGACAUUGAAUGGCCAUAUUUGAGCUCAAGUCCUUGAUCAACAGCCUCAUGGAGGUUUUAUUUAGCAAUUUUCAUGUAGUUCAAGAGAAACGGGUGAACCUUUCUUGUUCUUGCUCCAAUUCAAUUUAUGCUGUUCCUAGCUAAUUCCAGAAUUUAUAGAAAGAAUGUAAUAUAUUUAGUGUUAAUUUGUAACUAAGAUCAGAAAUGUAAUUUUUUAAUAAUAAUACGUGUAUGAAAUCCUUUAUUCUGGUUUUGUCAUUAUA